AUGGGUGAAACAGCUUCGACUUCGACUUCGAUAGACAAGUUUAGACAGCGUUGUGAUCGACUCUGUGUAACACGUGUUCAUCCCAAGAGGCUUAACAGAAUGGAGUUUAAUCAAAUCCAAGGUCCAAUGCAGUGUUUAUUGAAUGCAGAAAAAAUUGAAAAUUUGGAACACAAAGUAGAAGGAGUGAACCAAAUGUUCGAAGAGUUGGAUGGCAAGAUAGACAGCUUAUCCAGGGAGUGCCUAUCUUCGAAGCAACAAUUGAUGGAAGAGAUUCAAAAAAUCACUGAAAAGGAAACAAUGGAAAGGACCAAACCUACUCAGCUCAGCCCAUAUGUUUCAAAUGGAUCAUCAUCAAUUAUAACACUAGAAAUGGCUGAUCUCUGUGCCAAAGCAGUUGUCGUCAACCAUGAUGUUAAUAUCAAGAACACCAAGAAAUCGAAUUCUGACAAUCAGAAAAUCAGCUCGAACCAAAAUAACGAGUCAUUUUGUUGCGAGAUUUGUGGCAAGGAAUAUCGUUUGAGAAAUAGUCUUAACUCACACAUGAGAAACAAGCACUCCUUGUCGAGUCGUGGUAGGCCUAUUGGAGAAAAUAAUCCUCAGGUGGAAAAAGGAUUCUGGUGCACUCACUGCAACAAGUGGACGUACCAAUCAACUACUCUGAUGCGUCACGUUGAAAAGUUCCACACUCAGAGCUCAGUGAAAACAGCUAAAGAAACUCCGCUUUUAUGA